AUGGACGAAGAAUAUAUGGAUGCCCAGGACUCUGUUAUGAAUGAAGUGAACACUCGCAGCGAGGGAACGGAUAUCGUCGGGGAACCGCCGAAAGACAUCGUUGAAGUUUUGGGUUAUGAUGAGAGCUAUGAUGAUGAUGAAGGGAACAACAGCUUCAGAGGUGGACGAGGCCGAGGAAAUUUUAGGGGUCGCGGUAGGGGACCGCCGCCCGGCUGGAUGAACGGCCCGCCGCCGCCGAUGCGCUUCCGCGGCAGGGGCUACGGCCCCGGCGGGCCCCCGAUGAGGGGCCGCGGCUUCUUCAGGGGCAGGGGCGGCCCCCGCUUCGGGCCGAACAGCGGGCCCGGGUUCGAUGGCAACUGGGGCCCGAUGGGGCCCCCGCCGGGCAUGAUGGGCGGCCCCCCGCCGUACGGGCCCCCGCCCGGCAUGAUGCCCCCCGGCGGGCCGAUGGGACCACCGCCCAACAUGAUGGGGCAGCCGCCGCCGUUCGCCGGGCCACCGGGUAUGCCACCCCAGAACAUGCCCGCACCAGAGCUGUGGGUGGAGACAAAGUCUGAUGAAGGCAAGCCCUACUACUACCACUCGCGGACGAGGGAAACCACUUGGACCAGGCCUAUGGAGAGUCCCACCUGCAAGGUCAUCACCCAGGCGGAGAUGGAGGCUAUGUCCACACAAGCUCCCCAAAUGCACAACAUGAACGGUCCCCAAUCGAUGAUGGGCGGGCCGCCGAUGGGCGGGCCCCCGAUGGGCGGGCCCCCCAUGGGGAUGAUGAACGGCAUGAUGCCUGGUGGCAUGAUGCCCCCGGGUGUUGCACCGGGACCGGCCCAGGGUUCGGUGCCGCCGUUCAUGACGCAACCUCCGCCCUGGCUGAAGGAUGGCAAUGGGAAGGAAAAGCAUGACUCUGCUAGUCCCGUGGACAGCGACGAAGCGCCACCUGGCGACGUAGCCCCAACGGGACAGCCCAACGGUGGCGGGGGAUUCCCCGGGCCGUGGGGCAACUGGGGCUGGCCGCCGCCGGGCGUGGCGGGCCAGCAGGCGAUGGCGGCGGGUGGCAAUUCAGGGGCGACGGGCGCCACCGCCAGCGCGGCACCAGCUGCCAUUCCGGACAAGGGUGCCGCGACGCAGCUGCCAUAUCUGAGCGCAGCCCCCGUGGUGGCGGCUGAACCAGGGGACUCCGGAGCCCUGCCCGCCAAGAAGGAGGAGACGACGAUCCCGCCCGAGCUGGCGGCGCAGGCAGCCGAGUGGACCGCUCACAAGGCCCCGGAUGGCAGACCCUACUAUUACAACGCCUCCAAACAGGAGUCCGUUUGGGAGAAGCCACAGCCUAUGCGAGAACUUGAGGAGUUGCAAGCCAAGAUAGCCAUCGAGAAGGGUGAGGUGAUCGAGAAGAAAGUGGAGACGGUGGAGCUGGAGGACGGGAGAAUUGAGGUGAUCGACGUGGACGAGCACGCCGAGGCGCAGGCGGCGGCCGCCGCCGCGGCCGAGGCGUCCCGCAGGGCGGCCGAGCGCGAGCGCGAGCGGGAGCGCGAGCGCGAGCAGGCCGAGCGCGAGCAGGCCGAGCGCGAGAAGGCCGAGCGGGAGAAGGCCGAACGCGAGAAGGCCGAGCGCGAGAAGGCGAAGCAGGACCGCAGCAGGCCGCGGUGGAGCACGCCCAUAUCGGGCACGCCGUGGUGUGUGGUGUGGACUGGCGAUGGCAGGGUGUUCUUCUACAACCCCACAGCCAACUCCUCUGUGUGGGAGAGGCCGCCUCAGCUGGUGGGGCGUGCUGACGUCGAUAAGGCUGUUAGCCAGCCACCGGUCGAGUUGCAGCGCGAGGAGGGCGCAGCGCCCGCCGCAGCGGCGACCGGCGGCGCCGCCGCCAACGGAGACCUGAAGCGCGCCGCCGACACAGACACGGACGACUCGGAGCCCGAGCCCGCCAAGAAGGCGAAGCCCGACGAAGGCAAGAAGACGGCGUCCGUCGGGUCAGGCGGCGUGAUCGACGCGGGCAAGGAGGCGGCCGUUGAGGCGGAGAUCAGGGCGGCCCGCGAGAGGGCGCUGCUGCCCUUCGAGCAGAGGGUGCGCAGCUUCCUGCAGAUGCUGCACGAGAGCGAGGUGUCCGCCUUCAGCCCGUGGGAGAAGGAGCUGCACAAGAUCGUCUUCGACAGCAGAUACCUGCUGCUCACCUCGAAGGAGAGGAAACAGGUCUUUGACAAAUACGUACGCGAGCGAGCAGAGGAGGAACGGAAAGAGAAGAAGAACAGGCUGCAGCAGAAGAAGAACGCUUUCAGGCAGCUCAUGGAGGAAGCGAAACUGCACUCAAAGUCUUCGUUCUCGGACUUCUCGUCGAAGCACGGUAGAGACGAGCGCUUCAAGGGCAUUGAGAAAGUGCGCGACCGCGAGAAGUACUUCAACGAGUACAUUCUAGAAGUGCGCAAGAAGGAAAAAGAGGAGAAGGACAGGAAGAAGGAGCAGCUUCGAACCCGGCGCGGCCCCACUCACGAGGACUCACCGGCCGCCUGUCUCUCUCCUCUUGCCAUGUAUUGUCGUGUCGUGUCGUGUAAAGUGCCCCCUCUAGAGGCGGUAAACGGAAACCGAAACGCGCUUGGUUUGUGGGCAGCGCGAGGGGGCGGCGCGCGGGAGGGGGCGGAGGGGCGCCGGCUGCCCGGAGGGGCGCCCACCGAGGAGCGGGGCGGGGUGAAGGCCAGUCUUGUAUUAACCGGCGAUCACCCCGUCCCGCCAGAAAUACUUAAGGUGAAAACCGACUUCCUAGCGCUGCUGAAGGAGAAGUCGGUCGGCCGCCACUCGCGCUGGGCGGAGGCGAAGAAGAAGAUCGACACGGAGCCCAGGUACAAGGCGGUCGAGGGCAGCGCCCUGCGCGAGGAUUACUUCCGCGAGUACUGCAAGCAGCUCAAGGACGAGCGCAAGAAGGAGAAGGACGGCAAGGAGAAAGAGCGCGAGCGCGGCAGCAGUAAAAAGGAGAAAAAGGACAAGGACAGGGACAAGGAGAAGGAGAAGGACGGCAAGGAGAAGAAGAAAAAGGAGAAGGCCGGUGACAAACAGUCCGACCAGUCCGCCGAGGAGGAGAAGCGGCAGCCCACGCCGCCGCCCGACCAGUGGGCGGAGAUCCUGGGCAUACCGGGCGAGGGGGGCGCCGAGGGGGCGGCGGGGGCGGCGGCUGCCCCCUCGCGCUCGCCCAAGCGGCUGCGCUCCUCCAAGCGCGAGCCGGCUGCGCCGGCGGGCGGGGAUAGCGCUUCGCCCCUCAAGUCACCGCCGAAGAAGCGCCGCCCGGAGCAGCCCGAUGAGGCGCCGGCGCCGGAGCCCGGGGCGCCCCCCGCGAAGGCGGAGAAGCCCGAGAAGCCGGAGAAGAAGAGGCGCAAGAAGUCCGAGAAGGAU